AUGGAACUGGACCACAAGAACGCCGCCUACAAAAUCGUCGCCUACUCGGCGAUCGCGUUCGGCGCCGUGUCAAUCCUAUCCAUCUGCGUGACGCUGCCGAUGGUGUACAACUACGUGUCGCUGUCGAAGCGCGACCUGACCGUUGAUAUAAAAUACUGCAAAGAUUCGGCAUCGGAAAUCUGGGUGGGCGUGACGAAGCUGCGGGACCAGCCGAUUCUUGAUGCCAGGAUUUUGACGAGGGUCAAGCGUCAGCACCAACCGGUGGAGCUGCUUCCGAAGGAUCAACCGGAAACGCUGCAGCUGGAGGAGGAGACGGUCAGCCCGGGAUGGCCGGUCCGAAAGGUCCAUCCGGAAACCCGGGAAUGCCAGGAGCGCCCGGGCAGGCAGGUCCGCCCGGCACGGAUGCCGAGAUGGGCAGCCCGAUGCCGGCGGUGGCUGGAGCACCAGGAGGAGCUGGACCAGAUGGACCGAAGGGACACGACGGUAUGCCCGGGAUGCAUCAUGGUGCUGGACCGAUCGGGCCGCCUGGACCGCCGGGCCCUCCCGGCGCUCCAGGCAACCCCGGAAAAGCCGGCACAGACGGAACUUCCGGAAAGGACGGAGCGCUUGGAGAAAUGGGCAUCUGCCCCAAGUACUGUGCCAUCGAUGGGGGCAUCUUUUUUCGAGGACGGCACACGACGU